AGCAUUUGAGAGGGCAAUGAAUGAGCUAAAGGAGGUGGAUGAAGAUGCAUUCAAAUGGCUGUAAUCUCAGUCAACAACUAUCUGGGCUAGGCACAUGUUCAAAAGUGAUGGGCAGAGUGACACGGUCUUGAACAACAUGUGUGAAAGUUUCAACAGCACGAUAGUUAAGUUCAGGAGCAAACCUAUAAUCACCAUGCUUGAGUGUAUUAGGCUAUAUCUGAUGACUAGAUUUCAAGCAAACAGAGAAAUGAUUACGAAGGUGGAAUCUGAGUUGUGUCCUAAGAUAAGGAAGAGGCUGUACAAGGAGAAGUUGGCAUGCAGCAAGUGGAUAGCAUGUUGGGCUGGUCGUAUGAAGUUUGAAGUGAAGAGUGGGCUUGAGAGUUUCAUUGUGGACUUGGAAGAGAAGAAAUGCAGCUGUAGGAGGUGGGACAUAGUUGGCAUACCAUGUUGCCAUGCCAUUUCUUGCAUAUUUUUCAACAGAGAAGAUGCUGAAAAGUAUGUCAAUGCUUGCUACAAAAGGACUACCUACAUUGAUUGCUAUGAACCCAUUAUAGAGCCCAUCAAUGGCCAGAAUAUGUGGGGUCCUACUGGACUGCCACCUGUGCAACCCCCUAUCAAGAGGAGACCUCCUGGCAGGCCUAAGAAGAAGAGGGCACUGGAGCCUGAUGAACCUAGAAAUCACAGAAAAAAAAGAGGCCUAGGCAUCUCAAAACAAUGCAAGUUAUGUGGGAAAUUAGGACACAACAAGAGGAGCUGCAAGGGAGAAGUAGGAGGGAACUCCUCCUUGCCUGGGAGUGCAUCCCAAGCCAGUGGGACCACUAGAAGGGCAGCCAAGGAUGCUCAGCCAACAGUACACAGGGCACAACCAAGCUCUAAUGAUGAUGUGACCACAAGUGCACCUCCAACCCCCACUGAUAACCAGUCCAAUCGAAGACCAAAAAAACAGAGGAAGAGAAGUGCAGUCACUACUGAAACCUUGAAUGCAACUGGGAAUGCAGCAAGAUAUAUGGCAGCAAUGAGAUCUGCUAAAAGAUAGCAAACUGAAGCAGGACCUUUUUUUUGUUGUGCUAUAUGUUGAAGCACUCUUCAUAUAUUUAUGUAACUGCUAGAACAAUUGGCAUAUGUUUAUGGGCUGACCAAAUCCUUUUUUGUAUGAAUGUGCUUUGUCACAUAUUUUGUAAUUAUUGUGGUACACCAAAAACUACCAUUGGUGUUAAAUAUUUUGUAAUUAUU